AUGCCAAAUAGAGACUGGAAGGAUAUAGUGAUGCAAGCUUCCGAUUACUUCUCAUUUUUUCAUCAGUUGUACAUAUCACUUCUUACUCAGUUUUCUUUUUUCAUUCCUCAUACUUUCUAUCUUUUUUAUUCCUCUCUUCUUUUUUUUAUUCCUUUUUUUUUCAUUUCUUUCUUGUUUUUUUUGUUUGUAUUUGCUUUUUUUUUCCUUUCUGUUUCUUUGUUCCUUUCUAGUUUUUAUUUCUCUCUGUUUUAUUGUUUCUUUCCCGCUUCCAGUUUUUAUAUAAUAUUUGAUAAACAUUCUCGAAUCAAUUUUAUCCUCCCCUCUUCUUCUUUUUAUCCUCCUCUCUUCAUAUUAUCCUCCUCUCUUCUUCUUCUAUUUAUCCUCCUCUCUUCUUCUUUUUAUCCUCCUCUCUUCAUAUUAUCCUCCACUUUUUUUAACCUCCUCUCUUCGUCUUUUUAUCGCCAUCUCUUCAUAUUACCUCCUCUCUUCUUUUUAUCCUCCUCUCUUCAUUUUAUCCUCCUCCCUACUUUUUAUACUCCUCUUUUCAUUUUAUCCUCUUCUCUUCUUCUUUUUAUCCUCCUCUCUUCAUUUUAUCCUCCUCUCUUCUUCUUUUUUUGCCCUCCUCUUUUUUUUUUAUCCCUCUCUCUUCUUCUUUUUACCACCCUCUCUUCUUUUCAUGCUCCACUCUUCUUCUUUUUAUCCUCCUCUCUUCUUCUUUUUAUCCUCCUCUCUUCAUUUUAUCCUCCUCUCUUCUUCUUUUUAUCCUCCUUCCUUUCAUUUUAUCCCUCUCUUCUUUAUUUUAUCCUCCUCCCUUCUUCUUUUUUUAUCCUCCUCUCUUCUUAUUUUAUCCUCCUCCUUAGUCUUUUUUAUCCUCCUGUCUUCCUUUUUAUCCCAAUCUCUUCAUAUUAUCCUCUCUCUCCUUUUUUAUCCUCCUCUUUUUCAUCCUCCUCUUUUCUUCUUUUUUUAUCCUCCUCUCUUCAUUUUAUCCUCCUCCUUUCUUCUUUUUUAUCCUCCUCUUUUCAUUUUAUCCUCCUUCUUCUUUUUUUUAUCCUCCUUCCUUUCAUUUUAUCCCUCUCUCUUCUUUAUUUUAUCCUCCUCCCUUCUUCUUUUUAUCCUCCUCUCUUCUUAUUUUUAUCCUCCUCUCUUAGUCUUUUUAUCCUCCUGUCUUCCUCUUUUUAUCCCACUCUCUUCAUAUUAUCCUACUCUCUCCUUUUUAUCCUCCUCUCUUCAUUUCAUCCUCCUCUUUUCUUCUUUUUAUCCUCCUCUCUUCAUUUUAUGCUCUUCUCUUCUUAUUAUUAUCCAUCUCUCUUCUCCUUUUUAACCCACCCUCUUCUUCUUUUUAUCCCUCUCUCUCCUUCUAUUUAUCCUCUUUUCUUCUCCUUUUCAUCCCCCUGUCUUCUUCUUUUUAUCCCCCUCUCUUCUUCCUUUUAUCCUCCUUUCUUCUUUUUUCCCACCAUCUUCAUCUUUUUAUCCCACCCUCUUCUUCUUUUUAUCCUCCUAUCUUCUCCUUUUUACCCCCCUCUCUUCUUCUUUUUAUCCCGCUCUCUUCUACUUUUUAUACUCCUCUCUUCUUUUUAUCCUCCUCUCUUCUUCUUUUUAUCCUCCUCUCUUACACUUUUUAUCCUCCUCUCUUCCGCUUUUUAUCCCCAUCUCUUUAAUAUUAUCACUCUCUCUUCUUUUUAUCCUCCUCUCUUCAUUUUAUCAACCUCUCUUCUUUUUAUCCUCCUCUCUUCUUCUUUUUAUCCUCCUCUCUUCUUCUUUUUAUCCUCCUCUCUUCUUUUUCUGCUCCACUCUUCUUUUUAUGCUCCUCUCUUCUUAUUAUUAUCCCUCUCUCUUCUCCUUUUUAACCCACUCUCUUCUUCUUUUUAUCCCAAUCUUUUCUUCUUUAUCCCUCUCUCUUUUUCUUUUUAUCCUCCUCUCUUCUUCUUUUUAUCCUUCUCUCUUCUUUUUAUCCCACCCUCUUCUUUUUAUCCUCCUUUCUUCUCCUUUUUAUCCCCCUCUCUUCUUUUUAUCCCCCUCUCUUCUCCUUUUAAUCCCUCUCUCUUCUUCUUUUUAUCCCCCUCUCUUCUUCUUUUUAUCCUCGUCUCUUCUUCUUUUAACCUCCUCUCUUAG